CUAAUGUCGAUGCUGAUUACACGCAAGUAAAUAUUAUAUAGCCCUGUCUGUAUUUCGUAAGAUUAGGUGCCAUUAAAUAGCUACUUGUCAUUUUAAUCAAAUUAUUUCAGACCAGUGCAGAUUAAGGAAAGGAAACAGAAGGAGGGUAGCUUCUUUAGACUAAUGAAAUUCUGCCAUAGUUCACUAGUGAUGGGCAUUCCGAUUAUUUCGGUGAGUCGGCUCAUUUGGCUCCGUUCACGUAAAAGAGCCGGCUCAUUUGGCUCCCAAACGGCUCUUCGUUGAAAAUGUUUAAAAAUCGACAUAUAACCAUGACAAAUUGCAAAUCUCCCAUGUAAAUACCAAAUAGGUAGGCUACCAGUAUGUCAUAGUGAAAUGCACAUUCAAAUACAUUUUUACCUGGCCAAAUUAUUAGAUGGCCUGCAAAACAAUGUCUGGAUUUUUUUACUCACUGAAACAAAUUUGCGUAAAAGAGCCGUUCAUUCGCGAACGACCCAUCACUAGCGUUCAUGGUCUGAGUUUAUAGUAGAUGUCAUUUUCCACGACAUAUUCCAGAACAUGAUCAUUAGAUAUUUACUUGUCCCGAAUAAUGAAGGAAGGAAGAAUAACGAAUUGUAAGAAUGGAUGGAAGAAAAAAAAGGAAAUAAGAGAGUGCGAAAGGAAGGUAAGAAGGGAUGAGGACUAAAGGGAGGACACACUGGAAUUAUUCAACCCCAGCCUGAGCGUCCCCUCGCUGAGCGCGGUCCCCAGUGCACACACCUGUCCUCACUUGACCGGCUAAUCAUCCAAUAGGUCGGGCCCAAUUAGCGCUGUGGGUGACGUCUGGACUGGAGGCCGGACGUGCACAUAUAAACCAUUGCAGGCUCACCUCGUCUUCUAUACACGAUGGAGGGAUUUAUGUUUUCUCCAUACAACUUUAAUGGCUAUCCGGGCUGCGGUCCCGUGAUGGCUCCUAUCCUCCACGGCAACCCGAAGUUCAAGCCUCACACCUGGGGGAAGGGGAGCAUCUACGUGCCUCCCGAAGCGCUGGACUACCUUGACGUGUGUAAACGGGCCCAGCUGAAGGCCAUCCUGUCUCAGGUGAAUCCCAACCUUACCCCUCGUCUCCGGAAGGCAAACACCAAGGACUUCGGGGUUCAGGUCAACGCCCAGGUCGACGCGAUGGUCCAAUGCUCCCUCGGACCCAAGACGCUGUUCUACCGGGAGAGGAAAUUUCCGGUAUUUUCGAAGUCGCCUGUGAAGUGCCAGCAGAGUCCCUCGGCGACUUCUUCUCUGGACGGGAAAGCGUUGCCGAGCACUCCGGUAAACAACGUGCGCUUCUCGCGACCCCUCGCUAUCUACUCUCCGGUGUUUGAUCGCCGGUUCUUCGCGCUGCCGGUAAAAGCGCAGGAUGACAGCGCGUGCUGUGAGGGAGGAGAGGUGGGCGGCAACGGGGGUCGUGAUGAGGAUGGCGAGGCCGACGUUACCGAGCAGAAAACGGAGGACCAGGUUCGACCGGAGAUCCCACGUGAGGAUGUCAGGAAACCCCUCCACCAGAUGCCCAAAGGCUUCAACUUUCAGUUUCUGGAGCAGAAGUAUGGCUUUUUUCACUGCAGCCAGUGUAACGUCCGGUGGGAGAGUGCCUAUGUAUGGUGCAUCUCUGGAACUAGUAAGGUGUACUUCAAGCAGCUCUGUCGUAAGUGCCAGAAUGGAUUCAACCCCUACAGAGUGGAGUCUAUCCAGUGCAAGGUGUGUUCCCAGACCCGGUGCUGUUGUGAGCAGAAGGAGAGGCACAUUGACAUGAAGAGGCCUCAUAGACAGGACUUGUGUGGCCGCUGCCGGGGAAAGAGGAUUUCCUGUGACACUACCUAUAGCUACAAAUACAUUGUCUGAACUGAACAUCCCUGCUACAGGCUUAACUACAGAUCUAGGAUCAGAUUGAGCCCAUCUCUAAUCAUCCAUGGUUGACAUAUCUGAACUUAGAUCAGUGGUUAGUGGAAGAUGGCUGAAACCAGUUUUCUAAUCCUGGAUUUAAUGGGGUGCAUGUUUUUUCCUUGGCUUUAACACGACUCAAUUAGUUUGCUUGGUGAGUUGAUUGAUUUAAUUGGGUGUUAGAGCUAGGGCAAAACAAUACAUGUACAUCCCCUUUGGGUCCCCAGGAUUGUGACGCAUUGCUGUAAGCACAGAUCUAGGAUCUGAUUAGGGAACUGCCAAUCCUAAACUUACCGCCCUUGGCGGGAUGCACAACCUGACCUUAAACCAGUAUCUAGGGACACAGUAUCCUACUCUGAGCCUUGCCACAUGGCAGGCUAAACAACACUAUGCCACAGAGGUAAAAGUUGACCUUAACCACAUAUCUAGGAUCAGGUCAACCUUCCUCCAAUCCUAUCCACGGUUGUUAGGGACGGUGACACCAAUCUGGCCAUAGCUCUGUGGUAAGGUGGUGGUAAACUUGUUUCUUACCUGCCAAGGUCAUGUCCAUGUCUUAAAUAGCCUGCCUAAUAACUUUUACUCUUUCCACCGUGAUCAACUGAGUGACUACCUUUUUUUGUAUAUAUUAAAUAAACUUAUUGCAGCAUUAA